AUGGAAGAUUUCCCGGAAGAGCGAAGUGUGAUUGACACGUCUGUCUGCGCGAUGGAGCUCCGUUUAGAUAAGGUGCAAGUGGAAGGUAACGACCUUCUAUUUGUGGAAGGUCUCGUGCAAGGGCGACGUCUGAAAAUAAAGGAUUCAGGCGAAGGAAGACUGUCCGUGACUACAUCGAAGAAGUUCACGGUGGACAUGACGGUGGAAGAUCGCUUAUGUCCAGUCGAGAUGGUGGAGUGGCCCUUACGACAGGACUUUGACGGCAUUCUCGCUCCGUCAACAAACCUCGCCGACAAGAGGUAUGCUGCUGGACCCCGCCACGGACGCCACGCUCGCCGACGGCUAGGGUGGCAUGCUGCGGCCCGCCACGCUGACGGCACGGAGAGCAUGCUGCCGAACCCCGACACGGACGCCACGCUCGACGCCAGCACGGACGGCAUGCUGCCGGACCCGACGUGGACGCCAGCACUGUCGGCACGCUGCCAGACCCCGGCGUUGACGCCACGCUGGACAACUGCACUGUCGGCACACUGCCGGACCCGACGUGGACGCCACGCUGGACAACUGCACUGUCGGCACCCUGCUGGACCCGACGUGGACGCCACGCUGGACAACUGCACUGGCAUGCUGCCGGACCCCGACAAGGACGCCACGCUCGACGGCACGAUGGCGGAACCCGGCGUGGACGCCACGCGCGACCACGGCAUGGUCGGCGCGUUUGUGUGCCCCGACGGUAUGAUGCCGGACCCUGACCUGGACGCCAUGCUCGGAGCUGGCAAGGUGGGCACGCUGAUCGGACGCCACGGUUGA